GCUAGUUCCCGGGAGAUGUGUUUUUCCUCACAGAAUCUUUUGGGAAUGUGUCGCUUUUUCUAAACUCUCUGUUUGAGUAAGCAUUGCAAGUCAGGAGACUUUUUGCUGCGUCACUACGGUAACCACAGGAGCUGUUUGAGCCUCUGUCUCCCUCAUUAAUAACUUGUGCUGUGGGUCCCUAUUAUGCAAGCUCUGAAACCUGAGAGCUGGUCACCUGUUCUGCUACCUGAGCUGGGGGCUCAGGGGAAGGGAGUGUCGGCUGGCUGCCCCACUAGAAAACUGGAUAGGAGGAGAUUAGGCCAGAGCAAGUGCCUGAAACUCCAGGGAUCUCUGGUGGAUGUGUUAGCCCACGUCCCCAGGUCUGAGCUGUGUGGUGAAGGUGGUGGAGCUGGAGAGGAGUUGUGGCUGCCGCUGGAGUGGUUCCAUACUCACCCCUCUGGGAGUUCCAUCCAAAACGAGGUGGAACUUUAUUUCGACAGAACAGCAAGUGUCACCUUCAACCCUGAGGAGACAGACUUGACCCCACCUGAGGGCUACUCACAUAGCUUUGACUGGUCAGAUGACCCUGGCUCCAGACCCCAGUCUACAGUAAGCAGUGAUCAGCUCUUUCCAUCGGGUACCCUGGGUCAUCUGGAGACAGUCAGGACCAGGUGCACACCUGGGAGAGAAUGGGUCAGAGUCUGUACUCUGUCUUCUGUUAGAAACGGGUGGCUGCCUUUACCAAAAAGAGGAGUACUAUAUGAGCUAACCGGCCUUCUCUACCAGAGACAAAUUGAACUUGGCAUCGACUCCAUCAGACGGAAGAGUUAUGACAGCGGUGUGAUACUCAAAGAGUAA